CUUCGAUUUCUCUCUUCGUGCAUCUUUAGUUUGUAAUUGAUUAGAUUCAUUGGUCUUCACACAGACGCACACACAAAGAUGAUUGAAUUUGGGUUGAUAGCGAUGGAGGAUGAACUUUCCGAGCCAGAGUUCACUCUAAAUGAGGUUUUGGAAAUGGAAAAGUUAUAUAGAAGUGGGAAAAGAUUUCCUAGUCUGGAAUUUUGUCAAGAGCUUGCAACCAAGUUUAGUUGUUCUAAACACCGGUCUGGAAAUACUGUCAUAAGAUGCGAACAGGUGUGCAAUUGGUUUCGUGAUAGGAAAGAGCUUCUGUCACUGAGACUUGCUUCUUCACUUCUUGAACCUGAAGAAACAUUACAUACACCAAGAGUGAGAUCACCACCUAGAACCAAAAAAUGCAUUGGUGAAAUACUUACCGAUCUUACGGAAUUGACUUUUGAAGCUAAGUCAUCGCGGGAUUAUGCCUGGUAUGAUGUGGCUUCUUUUAUGAGUUACAGAGUUGUUAGCUCAGGGGAGCUGGAAGUACGUGUAAGAUUUGCUGGAUUUAGCAGUACUCAUGAUGAGUGGAUCAAUGUGAGUAGAAAUGUGCGGGAACGUUCAAUUCCCAUGGAACCUUCAGAAUGCGGUCGCUUGAAAGUGGGAGAUCUUGUCCUAUGUUAUAGGCAAAAUGAUGAUCAUGCACUCUACUCUGACGCAUAUGUUCUAGAAAUUGAGAGAAGUAUACAUGAGGAAAAUUGUUGCACUUGCAAAAUUACCGUUCGUUUUGAUUACGAUGAUGCCAUGCAAAUGGUGGAGUUGACAAACUUAUGUUGCAGGCCAUCCUCCUAAUCUUUGUGGAAUCUGUUGUACUACUUUGGGAACUUUAAACAAGUAAUGAUUUAACCAUGAUUGUAAACCAUAUCUGGUUGAAUUGGUAUACAAGGAAGCAUGUAUUUUUGCAACUUUAUUUGUCUUUAACAUAGAAUGUAGUCUUUGUAACAAUUUUAGCGAUUAAUUGUUUAGUUGCAAAAGCCAUCGGUGUUAUUGACGAAACUUGAAGUUUGCAAUUGGUUUUUGCAAUGGUCAUUAGACCGAGUUUUCAAAUUUUAGUUAUUAAAGUAUUUCCA